GCCUGCGCAUUGCGGGACCAGGGAAGAGGCGGGCGGGUAACAUGGCCGCUACUGCGGCUGGUGUGGGCCGGCUAGAGGAAGAGGCGUUGCGGCGAAAGGAACGGCUGAAAGCCCUACGGGAAAAAACCGGGCGCAAGGACAAGGAAGAUGGGGAGCCCAAGACCAAGCAGCUCAGAGAAGGGGAAGAGGAAGGCGAGAAGCACAGGGAACUCAGGCUGCGGAACUAUGUCCCAGAGGACGAGGACCUGAAGAGGAGGAGGGUGCCCCAGGCCAAGCCAGUUGCGGUGGAAGAGAAGGUGAAGGAGCAGCUGGAGGCCGCCAAGCCAGAGCCCGUCAUCGAGGAAGUGGACCUGGCCAACCUCGCGCCCCGAAAGCCUGACUGGGACCUCAAGAGAGACGUAGCCAAGAAACUAGAGAAGCUAGAAAAACGGACCCAGAGGGCCAUUGCUGAGCUGAUCCGUGAGAGGCUGAAAGGCCAAGAGGACAGCCUGGCCUCUGCAGUGGACGCCACCACCGAGCAAGAGGCCUGUGACUCUGACUGAGGCACGCCAUGUCCCCUUGCCCCUGUCAGGCCUGUCCCGUGGGUGGGCCGUCUCGGGCAAGGGUGGGGCUGGGCUUGCUGUUACCUCCAGAGCCAAACCGCCCCGUCAGCCUGAAACCCCCGCCGUGGGGGUGAGGUCAGCUCCUUGUCUCCUAAGUGGUCCCCGUCACCCCAACAGGGGCAGAGCUGACAGCAACCCUGUGGGCUUGCUGUGUCUGUACAUAUGUAUGUAUUUUGAAUUUUCUUUUAUCUCUAGAAAUAGAAACAAGCAGACCUGUA